ACACAAACAAACUUUCUUUUGUUCUUCCUAAACAGCAAACUGAAGAAAUAUGGCAAGACUUAUCCAAGUUUCAAUUCUUUUCGUUAUAGCUUUAUGCUUCUUGUCUCUCCUUGACAUUGUCAACUCGGAAGACGUUCCCCAACCACCAGUUUCUCAAUUCCACAUUCAAGGACAAGUUUAUUGUGACACAUGCCGUGCUCGAUUCAUUACUGAACUGAGCGAGUUCAUACCAGGUGCCAGUGUACGCCUCCAGUGCAAAGACGGAGAGAAUGGGAGCAUAACAUUUACUGAGGUAGGUUACACGAGAGCGGAAGGACUCUAUAGCAUGCUUAUUGAACGCGAUCACAAGGAUGAGUUUUGCGAAAUCACACUAAUUUCAAGUAGCAGAAAAGAUUGUGAUGAAAUCCCCGUUGAAGGAUGGGUAAAACCAUCAUUGAAAUUUAUGCUCAACACAGUAAAUGGUACUACACGUACGAUAAAUCCUCUUGGAUUCUUUAAGAAAGAAGCUCUUCCAAAAUGUCCACAAGUUUUUAAUAAGUUGGGUAUGUAUCCCCCAGAUAUAUGAAGAACAAAAAGAAUACGUUAGUUGAAUAAUUAUGUGCGCCUUUUUGUCAAGGCUUUUGAUGGCCUAAUUAGAGUGCCCUGUUUAGUUUAGAAUAAUUUUGCUUUGUAAUUUCUAUAAAUUCCCAAGAAUUUUCUUGUGGAAAGACAAUAAAAUUUCUAUAAAAAGAAGAUGUUAAGUUGAAUAAUUAUGUGUGCGUUUUGUCAAGGCUUUUGAUGGCCUAACUAGAAUGCCUUAAGUGUAUUUUUUGCUUUGUAAUUUCUGUAAAUUCCCCAGAAAUUUCCUGUGAAAAAAUACUAAAUUGUAGAUUAUGAGAUAAUUAAUAAAUGCAAAACAUAUUGUAA